GAAGCUGAGCCACCCUCCAAAGCUGAUUCCUGAAAAGUAGGGGACAACAUGGGUGGGUCCUGGAGCCUGGACCAAGUAAACUUGAAGAUCCCUACUGAAUGUGAUUCCGGGUUGAGUGUAUCUUAGAGUUUAAAUCACUGGGAGGUUUGAGAGCCUCUUGGCCAGAGUCUUUCCUGGACUUGUUUUGUCCUAUGUCCAAUAUACUUGCCCAGUCUUUCAAUUGGUUGGCUGGCUCCUCUUGAGGUAGAAGUGUAUGACGGCGUUGUUUAUUAGCCCUCUUUCUGAGAAGUCACGCCAAAUAUGAAAGUUAAGAAACAAAAGUGAAAUCAGCUGAUCGUGACCUCAGCAAGUGUUGCUUGUUAAAGAGCUGUUUACUUGGUAGGUAGUGUACAUGCAGAAGUCCACCGACGUGUUUCUGGAGCCUGACAGCAGCAAGAAAGAACAACCAGCCGAACCUGAGCUCCUGCUCCUCCUUUUUAUGAGUGUUUCUGUGGGUUCUGCGUCUUCUUUUGGUCCCCAGGGGGGUGAUCCUGCUGAGGGCAAGGGAAGAUGACCAUCGCAAGGCCAUGGCGGGGCGACCGGCUGCUGCUCCUCGGCACCGUGAUCCUCGUGGUCACAGCCAUCUGCCUGCUGUCCUACGCUCUCCUCUGGGAGGCCGGCAACCUCAUUGACUUGCCCAGCGAGAGAAUCGGUUUCUACAACUUCUGCCUGUGGAGCGAUGAGGCAGGCUCCCUGCAGUGCUACCAGUUCCCUGAGCUGGAGACCCUGGGCGUGCCUCUGGUUGGCCUGGCCCUGGCCAGGUUCGGUGUGUACGGGGCCCUGGCCCUCACCUUCUCCAUCCCCCUGCCUCUCCUGCUGGCCUGCUGCCAUGGCAACGAGGGAGCGAGGCACCUGGUAGUGUACUUCCUGUUGGCGGCCUCCCUGAUGCUGUUCAGCGGCCUGACCCUCUUCCUCAUCUACGUCUGGAAGUGGGUCAGCCUGUCCCUCCUGGGGCCUGGGUUUCUAGCUCUGUGCCUUGCCCUCGCCUUACUCAUCGUCUCGCUUAUGGCCACAGUUGUGUUCCCUCAGAGGGGAGCAAAGUACACCGCGCUAAGCAAACUUGAGAGCUGCUAGUCCUGCCCAAAGGCUCACAUGAUUGAUUGCAAAGGCUCUGUCUGAACGAUGCUCAGAGAAGGUGCCAGAGGACUCGUGGGUUGGUACGUUUUCUCAGCCAUGCUGUCUCAUAGCUAAUGCUGACCUCAAACUCUAGCAGACAGAACCCAGCGAGGAGGGGCACCCGGUGCCAAGGAGGCUGGGGCAAACAGGGCAGCCACACCUGCGGCUUCCUAGGGCUGGGCUGUCUGUCCUUCAGGACUACCAACACCACGUAGCUCACUGGGACAAGGAUUCCUGCUUUAAUUAACAGAUUCAAGCAAGCCAUUCUUACUGGAUUCUCAGGAUGGCGAGGUGAGCGCGGUUGCUGUCACAGGGCCAGAUUUCCAGGACAAUCUGCUGAAGGCCA